GGGGCGGACCAGGAGCUGGAGAGUGCACACACAAACCUUUCAGGGGAGUUAAGAAGCAGCAGGAUGAAGACUGUGGCGAAGCGUGAGGACAUCACAGUGGGACACACUGAGGAGUGGGUGAGGAAGACGGAGAGGCAGACAGAUAAAGAUGUGUGAUUGAGCUGCUGCUCCCAAGCCGUCACAGAAGUUAGAAUGAGUGCUACUCUCAUGACGGGACCUCCCCCACAGGAGCCCAUGAAGACUCAACAGAAGUGCAUCGCCAUCUUUGGCCUCCUCUGCGGCUUUGCUGUGCUGUCGGCGUUGAUCUUCUCCUCUGUGGACAUCUGGGGGGACGAUGAUGGUAUCACAGAGGAGAACUGUAACAGUGACUGUCGCAUCGAACUUGUGGAGAAUAUUCCAGAAGACCUCCUGCUCCCGAUAGAAGGCAGACCCCGGCUCUCUCUCUCUGCUGGAUUCAACAUACUGCUGGACCAGGCAAAGCGCUCAGUUGAGGUGGUGUCACCUGUCUGGGCCUUAAACCCUUGGGAUCUGGAAACAACACCAAGCACUGCCAAACAGGGUCAGCUUUUGUUCCAGAGGCUGCUCAGCCUGAAAUCUCAUGGGGUUAAACUGAAGAUUGCAAGCAGUCUGACUAACUCCCCUGAACUGAAGACCUUGGCAGCACACAAGGCAGAGAUUCGCUUUCUUAAUAUGACAGCCCUCACCAGAGGAGAACUACGUUCCUCAUUCUGGAUAGUGGAUCGGAAGCACAUUUACAUCGGGAGCGCUGAUAUGGACUGGAGGUCACUCUCCAAGAGGAAAGAACUGGGACUGGUGCUGUAUAACUGCAGCUGUCUGGCGCUAGACCUGCACCGGGUCUUUUCUUUUUACUGGCAGCUCCACGACAGAGACUACAUCCCCUCCAUCUGGUCGAAGAGAGUUACAGCCCUCUACGGGAGGCAUGAUGCCCUGGAGCUACGAUUCAACUCUACAGAGGCCUCUGCUUAUCUGUCUACCUCUCCUGAAGUCUUCUGCUCUAAAGAUCGUACCCGAGAUGUAGAUGCCAUCUAUCAAGUCAUCCAGAGUGCAAAGACGUUUAUCUUCAUUUCUGUGACGGACUACCUCCCUCUGGUCAGCUCGACCUUUAGAGGAACCACAAUCACAAGGUACUGGUCGCUUAUUGAUGAGAUGAUCAGAGAGGCUGUGGUGCUGCGAGGAGUUCAAAUCCGCCUGCUGAUAAGCUUCUGGAAGAAGACACAUCCUCUCACCUUCAACUUCGUGGUGUCACUCAAGUCGCUCUGCAUACAGCUACACAACUGUUCAUUAGAGGUGAGAUUUUUCAGUCACAAGGAGCAGAAGGAAGAUUUUCAACAUGGACUCAACCACAACAAGUACUUGGUGACCGACAAUGCACUCUACGUUGGUAACCAUGACUGGGUUGGGAGUGACUUUGCGAGGAAUGCUGGAGUUGGGCUGGUGGUCAAGAUGAAAAACAGUUUCACAGACAGGGGAGUGACAGUCAUCGAGCACGUCAAAGCUGCUUUCGAAAGAGACUGGAGGUCACGUUACGCAAAGAGUCUGCAAAGCAACAAAGACCAGUACGGGAAAUACAGAGACCCCCUACAAAAUAAAAUCCACAUGGACACCAAGGAGGAGAGCAAGUGGAACGACCCUUUAUCUUUAUAAGCACAGAAUGUCUUUCUAUAACCUAAAAGCCUUGUUUGCUGCAUACUCUAUAUUUUACAAUAUAUGCACAAUAUGAAAAUGUGACUUAGACUGUUAGACUUCUAUUUAUUUUUUGCGAUGUUUGAAGAGAUUCAGUCCGCAAAGACAAUGUUGAGGUAAUAACUUGACUCAGUUAUCUUGCAAGAUACAAUAACUACUCAAAAACCACUAAUUAAUAUCCAUCUGUUAUGUAAGCAUGCCAUUCUGCAUGAAUACAGAGAGCAAUAUUCAAACAACUAUACUGAGAUAAGCAAUAUGCUGAUUAUAAAAUCAAUAUGAUCUAUGUCAAACUUUUUUGAAUCAAUUAGUAUAUCUCAUAAAACUCACAGAAACUAUUUGAACUUAUAACUAAAUGAUGAUGCACUUAUUUUGUUCACAGAUUGAAUUGUUUCUUUAAUUUAUAACCUUUUAAUGCUUUUGGAUGUCUUUCUGUCUCUUUGUUACCACACACAAUGCAUAAAGGCUCACUUACCUAUGCAAUGGUAUUAUGAAUGUGGAAACAACUGUUGAUGAUCUCAGUGAAAGUUUCCAUUUGCCUUCAUAAACACACACUUUCCAUUGUU